CCCCGCUCGGCGCCGCAGCAGCCCGGCGGCCCAGGUGCGUCCCCCGGGGAGGCCUGAGCCCGCGCCCCUCGGCCGCCGUCGGAUCUGCUCCUGGGCCCCGGGCCCCGCCUAGGGGUCUGCAGGCCGGGAGGGAAGGUGCUCGGCUCCAGGCCGGAAGGAAUCCAGUGGCUAGGGGUGUGGGGCGAUGCCGGCCCGAGGUCCUGGCAGUGGACAUGGAGGAGGCCCCUCUGCUUAGCAGGAUGUCCAGUCCGGAGGAGGAGAUCGUGACAGACCUUUUCAGUGCCGAGAAUCCGUUUGUUUCUGAAAACCUGACCCUGAAGCCCCCGGUAGUGGUGAAGCACGAGGAGGACGAGUUCCACGUGUUUAAGGAUGCGUAUCUGAGCUCUGCGGACCCCAAGGAGCCCCUCCUGCACGUGUUCAACCCCCCGCUUCACGGGGACUGUGAGAGUCAAGUCAAAGUGGAGCUGGUGGUGGAGGACAACGACGAAGAAGAGAUGCUGGCGGAAUACCCAAGUCUCCCCGAGCUCCCCCCACUGGAGGACGCCGUGCUGCCCGUGGCCCCGCAGCCGCUGCCACCACUGCCGCAGCCCUACAACGUGCACUUCCUGUCCUCCCUGCUGGCGCCGCAUAGGAGUCCUGCUGUGGUGCCGCUGGGCGCCUGGGCCCGGGAAGGAGCUGCCCACCCCGGUGUCCGGGUGAUUCCAGUAAGAUCCAUGUGGCAAGUGGAAAUAAAGGAAGCAGGUGGUACAAUUAUAAGUAACAAUCCGGAGGAAGCAGCUUUUCAGAACCCUCUUGGCCCUGAAUCCUGUUGCAAGUUCCCCUCAUCACAAGAAGCAGAAGACACCUCUGGCUGCUCUCACAAGAAAGACUCUAACCCAAUGGUGAUAUGUCAGUUGAAAGGGGGUACACAAAUGCUGUGUAUAGACAAUUCUGGGACAAGAGAACUAAAAGCACUUCAUUUGGUUCCUCAGUAUCAAGACCAAAAUAAUUAUCUACAGUCAGAUGUCCCUAAACCAAUGACUACUUUAGUAGGAAGAUUUUUGCCAGUACCAGCAAAAUUAAAUCUCAUUACACAACAACUUGAAAAUGGAGCCUUACCGUCCAUAGUCAACGGGUCUAUUUUCCCUUCGGGAUCCACUCUUCCAGGACCACCCAAAAUAACUUUGGCUGGAGUAACUCUUAGUUCAUGGGACACAAAGUCUAAAAAGCCAUGUAACUGUACCAAAUCCCAGUGUCUGAAAUUGUACUGUGAUUGCUUUGCCAGUGGGGACUUUUGCAACAACUGCAACUGUAAUAAUUGUUGUAACAAUCUACAUCACGAAAUCCAACGGUUUAAGGCCAUUAAGGCAUGUCUUGAUCGAAAUCCAGAAGCUUUCCAGCCAAAAAUUGGGAAAGGGAAGUUGGGAGAUGUGAAGCCUCGGCAUAACAAAGGCUGUAACUGCAGGCGCUCAGGCUGUCUCAAAAAUUACUGCGAGUGCUACGAGGAAAGCGAGGGAGAGGAGGGAAGAGCUCUCAGACCUCAGCUGCAAAGCAGCCAGGCCAAAAUUAUGUGUUCUUCUAUUUGCAAAUGCAUUGGUUGCAAAAAUUAUGAAGAAAGCCCAGAACAGAAAACACUAAUGAACAUGCCCAACUAUAUGGAAAUUGGAGGGUUUGAAGGCAACCAUCAUUUGUCACCAACUAAAUUCUCAGGACUACCAAAAUUCAGAAAAGAUAGGCAGUCUUCCUCGUGCAUCUCCUGGGAGGUGGUGGAGGCCACGUGCGCCUGUCUGCUGGCUCAGGGUGAAGAGGCCGAGAAGGAGCACUGCUCCGAGUGCUUGGCGGAGCAGAUGAUCUUGGAGGAGUUCGGGAGGUGCUUAUCACAGAUUCUCCGGAUUGAGUUUAAAUCCAAAGGGUUGAAAAUUGAGUAGCGUUACAGCAUGGUAAAAUCUGAAUGCACAUAGAAUUUGCUUCAAUAUUCUAAGGGAAAGAAAUCUAUAGUUGAGAGGUGGUUUGAGGAACACGAGGCCGGGUUUGCAUCAAUGGCUGUGUCACUGAGGUCAGGCUUUCCCUCUGCAUCCGGGUGCCAAGGGGAUUUACUCAGAGUGGGUGAGGGUCUUGGUGAUCAACGGCUUUUGAGGAAGCACAGACACAACUAACCGUUGUUGUCUGGCCCUGGAGAGAGAGCAUGGAUUCCUGUGAUGCUGGGAGGAUUGUCUGUAUUAACAAUGAGGGAUGGAGGGAGGAAGCAGGCUCUGGAGAGAAAUAGCAGUUCAUUGCCACUGGCUUCACCCAGUCUUGCAAAUUUUCCUCUCGAGGCAUCUCUGCCUAAAAAGCCAUAAUGAUUUUUUACUAAAAUUAUUUUGAAAUACUUUCUCCAGAUGGGCUGCUAAGAUACAGCGUAAAAUCUCUCAACAGCCCUGAGUCCCUUGAGGAAUUCCUGAGUGUGAACAUUUUCCCAGAGUCACACAAAUGCUCUGUCUCCCUUAGGGCCACCAUGAAACACAGGCCGUAGGGUCAUACUUAUGGGGCUGAAAUUUAUCUAGUUUCUUGUGUGUUUUCAUUUGAAUAUGGAAAAGCUCUAUUAUCCAAUUAACUUCUCCCUAAUUACUGUUCUAAUAUUAUUACUGUUUGUUAAAAUAUGGUUGAAGUAACUAGUUUGCAGAAGCCAGCAGGUAAGAUUAGUUAUUAAGUUGACUCUCUUUUAGUUCUUUUGAAAAAGCAAAAUGGUUAAAAUUUCAAAUGUCUUCCAUUGUUGUAAUUAACUUAGUAACUAUAAAUAUAUUCAUCCUGUUCUGUGUUUAUGAAUAGCAUUGGCCCCUUAGAGUAUGUUUAGAAAAUUUACUUGCCAGCACAGCACCGGCAUAAGCAAGGGGCCCAGCGGCUGGCUGGCGUUUAGUAGAGUUGUAUUCAGAACAGCAAGUUCUGAUGGGAAACCCUGGAGGGAGAGAAAUAAACUUAAUUCUUCACCAUUUCAAUUCCCCUUUGGCUCCUCCGGAUGGAGAUUCAUGGUGCAGGCCAGAGGCAGAGGCCUGGGUGCCCCGGGGCUAGGGGCACUUUCAGCCCCCUGUGCAUCUAGGAAGGGGUGGGAGGGGUGCUGCUGGAGGGGACCCGUCCACUCCACCCUCGGCGUUGGUGGGGUCCUGAACCAGGGCUUCCUGAUCCCCUUCUUGGGGGGCGGCCUUUCCUCUGCGUCUGUCCUGAAAUGCUGCCAGUGGCAAUGUCUGCAGGGCCUUACCAGUCACUUCACAUUUUCUAGGAGCCAUAUUUGAAAAAGUGAAGAGGAGUAGGUGAAAUUUAUUUUAGCAAUCUUUUAUCUAACCCCAUAUAUUCAAAACACUGUCAUGUCACGUGUAAUCAAAAUAAAAAUGAUUGAGGUAUUUCA